UUAUUUUCUUGCAUGUACACUGGCCAAUCAUAGAGCGAUGUCAUUUCUUAUAUUUGCCACACCUGACUUUCUCUUUCGCUAUCACAGUUUAGAACGUGUAGGUUCCGUGUAAUACUGAUCUUGCGUCAGUGGUGCGUUUCACACGACUUAAGAAGGACUAGAAGUUGCAGGCGUGAACUUUUGGGUUGACUUUUGAGAAAAAGAGUGACAAGAAAUGGGUGCAGUCACCAGAAUGUUACUUACCUUGGUCCUGCUGAUUUUCAGUGCUCUUGAUGUGUUAUUCUUUUUCUUGCCAACUUCAAAUUUUGACUCCAGGGUAGUGAGUGUUUAUCAAAAGGAGAGCCCCAAAUUUGAAGGAGCACUGGAGGUUAACAGCAUCUUAACAAAGACACAGAAGUUGUAUGAAGGGGAUCUGGUUGGUCCAGGAUCUAUAGCUGCUGAUAGUGAAGGUACUUUGUAUACUGGUUUAGCUGAUGGGAGAAUUGUCAAACUUGAGGGAGAUAAAGUGGUAGAUGUUGUUCGAACUGGGGAGCAGAAGGCAAACUGUGGUAAGUUUAGGUUUGAUGAAUAAAAUAUAUUAAUGAUG